AUGGACCGCUCGGGGACGCUCCGCUGGCUGCUCCUCUUCUUCUUCUUCAGCCUCACGUGCAGCCCGGGUCACGCUCAGGCGUCUCAGGAAGUGUCGGCGGAGGAUUUGGAUUUUCAGAAACCUGAAGCGGCUGCAGACAGAGACCUGGUGGAAGCUCUGGAGACGCUGCUGGGCCGGAUGCACGCUCGACUUUCCUCCACAGAGAAACGAGGGAUCAUCCCUCUGUGCGGGAUGGGAGACCGAUGUGCGAUGAGGUUUGGGCCUCGCAUCGGGAAACUCUGCGACUGUGGACGAGGAGCCAACUGUAACUCCUACCUGCUCAAGUGCAUCUGA